CUCUCCUUUCCGCUCCCCUCUCCUUUCUGCUCCCCUCUCCUUUCUGCUCCCCUCUCCUUUCUGCUCCCCUCUCCUCUCCCCUCUCCUUUCUGCUCUCCUCCCCUCCUCUCCUCUCCUCUCCCCUCUCCUCUCCCCUCUCCUCUCCUCUCCCCUCUCCUCUCCCCUCUCCUCUCCUCUCCUCUCCCCUCUCCUUUCUGCUCUCCUCCCCUCCUCUCCUCUCCUCUCCCCUCUCCUCUCCUCUCCCCUCUCCUCUCCCCUCUCCUCUCCUCUCCCCUCUCCUUUCCGCUCCCCUCUCCUCUCCUCUCCUCUCCCCUCUCCUCUCCCCUCUCCUCUCCCCCCUCCCCUCUCCUCUCCUCUCCCCUCUCCUUUCUGCUCUCCUCCCCUCUCCUCUCCUUCCCCCUCUCCUCUCCCCUCUCCUUUCUGUUCCCCUCUCCUCUCCCCUCUCCUUUCUGUUCCCCUCUCCUCUCCCCUCUCCUUUCUGUUCCCCUCUCCUCCCCCCUCUCCUUUCUGCUCCCCUCUCCUCCCCCCUCUCCUUUCUGCUCCCCUCCCCUCUCCUCUCCUCCCCCCUCUCCUCUCCCCUCUCCUUUCUGCUCCCCUCUCCUUUCCUCCCCCCUCUCCUCUCCCCUCUCCUUUCUGCUCCCCUCUCCUCUCCUCCCCCCUCUUUUCUGCUCCCCUCCCUUCUCCUCCUCCCUCUCCUUUCUGCUCCCCUCCCCUCUCCUCCCCCCUCUCCUUUCUGCUCCCCUCCCCUCUCCCCCCCCUCUCCUUUCUGCUCCCCUCCCCUCUCCUCCUCCCUCUCCUUUCUGCUCCCCUCUCCUCCUCCCUCUCCUUUCUGCUCCCCUCUCCUCUCCUCCCCCCUCUCCUCUCCCCUCUCCUUUCUGCUCCCCUCUCCUUUCCUCCCCCCUCUCCUCUCCCCUCUCCUUUCUGCUCCUCUCCCAUCUCCUUUCUGCUCCCCUCUCCUCUCCUCCCCCCUCUUUUCUGCUCCCCUCCCUUCUCCUCCUCCCUCUCCUUUCUGCUCCCCUCCCCUCUCCUCCCCCCUCUCCUUUCUGCUCCCCUCUCCUCCCCCCUCUCCUUUCUGCUCCCCUCCCCUCUCCUCUCUUCUCCUCUCCCCUCUCCUUUCUGCUCCCCUCUCCUCCUCCCUCUCCUUUCUGCUCCUCUCCCCUCUCCUCUCUCUCUCUCCUCUCCCCUCUCCUUUCUGCUCCCCUCUCCUCCUCCCUCUCCUUUCUGCUCCUCUCCCCUCUCCUCCUUCCUCUCCUUUCUGCGCCCCUCCCCUCUCCUCCCCCCUCUCCUUUCUGCUCUCCUUCCCUCUCCUCUCCUCCUCCCUCUCCUCUCCUCCUCCCUCUCCUUUCCGCUCCCCUCUCCUUUCUGCUCCCUCUCUUCUCCUCCCCCCUCUCCUUUCUGCUCCCCUCUCUUCUCCUCUCCCCUCUCCUUUCUGCUCCCCUCUCCUCCUCCCUCUCCUUUCUGCUCCUCUCCCCUCUCCUCCUUCCUCUCCUUUCUGCUCCCCUCCCCUCUCCUCCCCCCUCUCCUUUCUGCUCUCCUUCCCUCUCCUCUCCUCCUCCCUCUCCUCUCCUCCUCCCUCUCCUUUCCGCUCCCCUCUCCUUUCUGCUCCCCUCUCCUUUCUGCUCCCCUCUCCUUUCUGCUCCCCUCUCCUUUCCCCUAAUCUCUUCCCUCUCCUCUCUUCCUCUCUCUCUCUCUCUCUCCCCAUCUCCCUGCCAUAUCAGUUGUUUAUCUGGCAGGCUCACAACGCUCUCUUCAUGAUCCGCUGCCUGCUCAAAGUCUUCAUCAGAGAAAUCAACGAGAAGGAGCUAAACCUGCAGUUCUCGUACCGGGAGACGCCACGUGGGGUCUGCGGAGAAAGUCGUGAAGACGUCCUGGAGGAGCUGCUGUCCAACCUCAUCCACCUGAUCGUUGAAGUGCCCCUGCUGUGA